AUGGCUCCCAUCACCGUCCUCUACCUUCCACGCAAUGAAAGCACCUUUCCCACGCUGAUCCUCGACCAAUCGCACCAGAUUGACCUGAUCGCCACGGAUGUGGAGGACAUCGAUGAGGCCAGCAUUGAUUCAGCGCUGCUGGCUCCCAAACCCAGAAAUGUGCGCCGCAGUGUGGCUGACGUCGGCACCUUGGAGCUCCUGACAUCAGAGCAGAUAGCAGCGGUGCGGGGAAUACUGUGGGGACCGGGCGGCCAUCCACCAUGCACUUGGAAACAAGGGUUUUUCUUCAGCAGCACUCCCGGCCUUGGGUUCGGCCUUGUGCAGAGUCAGGGCGGCCCCUGCGGUGCGCUUGCAGCCGUCCAAGGACACAUUCUCGCCACUUGUUACAACCAGAACGGCUUUGAGGCGUUCGGUGCCUCCUCCUGGGACGCCCCGUGCGCUCUCCUCGAAUCCUUUCUGGCCAUCCUUUCGUUCGUUCGCGCUGGCGGGGCGACCAUCAUCGUGGGCUGCCCCGACGAUUCCACAUCCGGGAUGACGUACCAGCAGCUUCUCCGUUCGGCCACCUGCUGGAGGGUGCAGUCCGACAUCAGCGUCAGAGAAGUCCUGGAGUCCAGGAUGCCGCAGUACAUGGAGCGCGGGGGGUGGGGUAUCGUCCUGUUUCUGUUUUCUGUGCUGCUCACAAAAGGCAUCAAGCAGGUCCAAAGCGAAAUGGAUGACCCAUCCUCUUGUCUGACAGGCGCCCAUGGCUACUGCAGCCAGGAGCUGGUGAACCUACUGCUGUGCGGACAGGCCGCGACCAAUGUUUUUGAUGGAAACCAAGAAAUAGAGGGACAACUUUUGCAUGGAAUCACGUCGAGGCCCAGGGUGGGGCUUCUCACGCUGCUGGAAUGGCACAGGUACGUGGAGGUGGGCCAAUUGCUGAAAUCACCGCGUCUGCCGGUCUGGGUCGUCUGCUCCGAGAGCCACUUUACUGUGCUCUUUGCUACAACCAAAGGACAGAGUCUGCCGCUGGACUUGAUGUACUACGACGGCCUGGCCAACCAGGAGGCGCCCAUCCGCCUUGCGGUCAGUCAGCGCAACAGCGGCGCACCCGCAGUACCUGAGGACAGGACCAGAUGCGAAGGAACGACGCCUCCUCCCCUGGAGUGCGUGAUACACACCAAAUGGCCCAAUUCAAGAGUUACGUGGAUUGGCUCCGACCCGCUCUUGUAG